UCUCGUUUAGAAGUCAGCACAAUAAAAAUGGUGGUGAAGGUGUAUGGCCCCUCUUAUGCCUCUCCUAAACGGGUGCUGGUGUGCCUUGUUGAGAAGGAGAUUGAGUUUGAAACCAUCCCCAUUGAUCUUUUUAAGGGAGAACAUAAAGAUCCUGAAUUUCUCAAAUUACAGCCCUUUGGAUCAGUUCCUGUUAUUCAAGAUGGGGAUUACACUUUAUAUGAAUCUCGUGCAAUCAUAAGAUACUAUGCAGAAAAGUACAAGUCGCAAGGGACGGAUUUGCUGGGAAAGACAAUUGAGGAAAGAGGGCUGGUAGAGCAAUGGCUAGAGGUUGAAGCACAAAACUACCACCCUUCAAUUGACAACUUGGUCAUUCAUAUUUUGUUUGCAUCAGCCCUGGGUUUCCCUUCAGACCCAAAGAUCAUUCAAGAGAGUGAAGAAAAGCUAGGCAAGGUGUUGGAUGUGUAUGAGGAGAGGCUGUCGAAGAGCAAGUACUUGGCUGGUGAAUUUUUCAGUCUUGCUGAUCUCAGUCACCUUCCAUUUACCCAGUACUUGGUGGGUGCUAUAGAGAAAGAUUAUAUGAUAAAGAGCAGAAAGUAUGUCUCUGCUUGGUGGGAUGAUAUUAGCAACAGGCCAUCAUGGAAGAAGGUCCUGGAGUUUGGUGCCCCAUUUUAAGGUUAAUAUCCGUUUCACAGUAACUUGUCACUUUAGCGGCAAGUGAGAGUUCUGUCCUCCACUGUGUUU